AUGACCCGUCUGACCAUUGCUGUUGUCAUCAUGAUGCUGUUCUUAGACUGCAUUUAUACAGCCAGAAUACAAAGAAGCUUUGAUCCCGUGACGAGUGAGGAUGUCCUGACAGUGAAGAAAAGGCCUUUUUGCAACGCGUUUACCGGUUGUGGUCGUAAACGUUCUCAGGACAGGUUUAAUAUGCCACUGCAGGAGACGUACAGACAGAGACAAUUUGUAGAAGAUGGACCUCUCCCAGACAUCGAACCUGCAUUAGACGAGCUGCCACAACUAAUAGUCGAUGCCAAGCUCUGGGACGUUUUGCGGGAUGAAAUCUCAAGACGUAGAUCUUUGUAUAAU